AAUACAUUGGUUCUCCACUGUUUAUUUUGGUUGUCGGAAAGUUUUCGAUCAUAGGAAUCAUUAAACUUUUCCAAAUUUCGUGGAAUAUCGGCAGCCUUUGAUAAACUAGUUCAAGAUCGUGGUAAACAUUCAAACAUGAGUCAUGUAUUCAGCGAUGCUCCUCAACCGAAACCAGCUGGCAUCAGCCAGGGAGGACCACACGGAUUAGGCGAUCCUGAUGAUAGGAGGCUUCGCAAGGUAGAAGUCGAAGUAAUGAUACCGAAAAUAAUGCGCGAGCGAGCAAAAGUAGAGAAGUGUAUACCGGAAGUAAGCCAGUUCGAAGCAUGCUGCAAAGAGUCCGGUUUGUGGAUGGCCACCAAAUGUCAAAAGCAAAACGAAACUAUGAAAGAUUGCUUCACGCGAUGGUACAAGAAUGAAGAGUUUGUUGCCGAGUGUCGCGAGAGUUAUCUCAAGGAACGAAGCGAAUUCCGGCGAACCGGAAUACCCAAAAAGCUAAGAAAUGUUGAUUCCAGUCAAUAGAUUCGGCAAGUUUUUUUUUAUUGUUGAUUCUAGAUUUUUGUUGUAUGAAUGUCAAAUUGAUGAGAAGAAAAUAUUGAAACAACUACAUAAGUA